CGAACAAUCAAUUCUGCUAUUACGGCCUUUCCUUUUCUCAUAUCGAGAAGAAUCCAGGUGCGCCUCAAUGGGCAGGACGAGCUCCUUGGCAAAGCUGGUGCAGCAAGGCACAAAUGUCCUAGCGAGGAGUGCAGCAGGCCCAGCAGCUCAGCUGGCGUCCGAUGCCAGCUCCAGCUGCAGCGCACGAGCUUCCAUUGUGGUCCAGAAUUUCCAGCGACGAGAGGGCUCCUCGUUGACAACCACUAGCCAUGACAGUGUGUCAGCUGUCACAAAAUCUCUGCUUCUCGAUACUCUCAGCUUGAUGCGAAGGUUCGAGAAGAUCGGUCUCACGAGGGCACAAUCGGAGCAGAUGACGGAGAUGCUGACGGAGGUCGUAUGUCUAAACAAAGAGAAAAUUUCGCAGCAGUUUGUGACCAAACAGGCGCUGGAAAUGGCAAUUUUGGAGCAGGAGUCACGGAUAGCGGGGUUUAAGGGGGAGGUGGCAAAGAGCCAGGAGCUGCAUCUGGCGUCUCUCUCGCGGGACACCGAGCGCCUGACCAACAGCCUGGAGAAAAUGCGCGCAGAAAUCAAAUACGAGGUGGACAAGCUGUCGGCCAGCCAGCGGCUAGACCUCAACUUGGAGAAGGGGCGCAUGCGCGACGAGCUGCAGGCGCUGCGGGACAAGUCCAACGAGAUGGAGAUCAAGAUGGACCGGGAGACCAACGCGCUGAAGGCAGCUGUGGAGCAGAGCAAGAACGAGGUUCUGCGCUACAGUCUGUCCAUGAUCCUGGCUCUCAUGGCAGCGGGCCUCACGGCAGCGCGCGUGCUGCAGAAAUGAGCUGGAAUUUCAUCGUAAUUGUUUGGUCAGAGAGGGUGUCAAGUUGGUGGCAGCUUGCUCAAAUCAGGGGCGCGGCAUGCGCUGAAGGGUGGAGGUCUGCUAGGAGCGGUCAUUUUGUUCAGGACAAGCGCCAGUCGAGUGUGUCCAAGAGUCACAGUAUGUCAUCGCAUGCUGCCCAGAGGCAAAGAGCUGCCUCGAGACAGAAUCUCAAAAGGUCACGACAUGUUUGAUGAAUGAGUGUAGGAUUUAAAUAACUGUUGUUC